AUGAAUAAAAAUUGGAAUGACAGGGCCGACAAGGAUCUGUUCUUUACCAUCCUGUCUGUGAAGAACAUUGGCGUCAUCAGCGGUUCGGAAUGGACCACCAUCGGCAACCACAUGCGCACACUGGGUUACGGCUUCACCAAUGAAGGCUGUAGACAACACUUCCAGGGCCUUCGUCGUGCCCAGCACAAGUCUGAGACGAAUGGAGGUAGCCCUGACAACCCUCGCAAGGUCGAUCCAACAACGAAUCCAAUCACUCGCCGCCCAGGCCCAGGUCGUGGGAGGCCCAAGAAGCAACCUCAGCAAACUGCGCAGCUUGCCAUCGCCUCCUUGGCUAAUCAGUCCGGCGAGCCUAGUCAGCCAGGUCAACUCGAUCAACUUGAACCCGAUCAACUUGAACCCGAUCAACUUGAACCCGAUCAACUUGAACCCGAUCAAGAACUUCAAGAUCUUCAAGCUGGUCAAGCUGGCCAACCUCAACCAGUCAUACAACCCGACCUUCAGACUGAUAUCACCACCGAUCUUCAACCUGAACUUCAGUCCGACCUUCAACCUCACCUUCAGUCCGAUCUUCAGUCCACUAUUCAGCCCGAUCUUCAGCACAACCACCAGCCCGAGCACCAGCCCGAGCACCAGCCCAGUCACGAGGAUCCUUUACAAGAUGACCAGACGCAAUUGGAAACGUCCAUGAUGACCGACGGUCUUGACAUAUCGGAGUCUCUCGAUAUUCCCUUAAAAGACGACACUCUCGACCUGUCUCUCAAGGACGACAACGAUGACGAACAAGACGGCCCUAAUGCCAAGAGAAUCAAGCUCGACAACCCUGCUCAUGACCAUUCUCUUGUCGAUGACGAAGCUGUAUUAGCUCUGGCUGCGCACAGCGAAGCCCCUUCUGAUGGCUACACUUCCGAGUAUCCCACAGCCGGCUUGACCGGUUCAGAAGACCCGCACACUUCCUUUUAUGGUCCCGAGACAUAG